CCCAUUUACUUGCACAAUCCAAGCUAGCGCUCCAUCGAGUUUUACAGCGUCCUAAAAUGGCUCGCUUCUGUCUACCGAUACGUUUUGCAGCUCCUCAUUUCGGCCGGUCUUGCCAUCUUCGCGGCGAUCAUCGGUAUCGCGGUUUCAACCUUUCCAUGCACGAUGUCCGGGUCCGAGGGUAGGAAAAAUAUCAACGAUAUUGUUAGACAUUUUUCCCCGGCAUGGUUUGCCGUCAUCAUGGGAACUGGUUCGAUCAGCAUCCUAUUCCGUACGAUUCCGUACGGCUUAGGUUCCCAGGGAAUGAAGACUCUGUCGCUCGCGUUCUUUUUCCUCGAUAUAUGUCUCUUCAUCAUUUGUCUACUAGUUUCCGUUCUCCGUUACACCAUCUACCCGGAAACGUGGGGUCCGAUGAUUCGUCAUCCUUCGCAGAGUCUCUAUGCCUGUACAUUUCCCAUGGGCGCAGUGACCAUUCUAACGACAGCAGUCAGCCUCAUUCACGAGGACUAUGGGUUGGGCGGAAAGUCGUUUUUAUAUGUCAUCUGGUGGUUGUGGUGGAUAGACGUUGCUUGCUCCUUCUUAUGCUGCUUCGGUGUUUUGUAUUGCAUGCAAACUGUCCAUGUUCACACGCUACAAACAAUGACCACAAUUUGGCUGCUGCCGGUAGUGACGCUGGUUGUUGCGUCGUCAGCUGGCGGUAUCAUAGCUUUGUCGCUAUAUAAAUAUUCGCUAGAAUAUGCGCUCGUGACCAUUACGUCCUCCAUCUUUAUGCUGUCCAUCGGACUAUCGUUAGCCUUGAUGUUGUUGACCAUGUAUCUACUUCGCCUCAUUGUACAUGGUCUUCCCUCUGGCUCACAGAUAACCUCCGUAUUUUUACCCCUCGGACCCAUGGGGCAGGCCGGUUACUCCAUACUCCUUCUUGGACAGUUCUUCCGAACAACCUUGCCACUUCCCUAUGGAAGUUCAGAAUUACUGACUGACAAAUCAACUGGCCGCUCCAUUAACGUGUUCUGCACCAUUGUUACAAUGAUUUUGUGGUCCCUGGCAUCGAUGUGGUUAUUCUUUGCCCUCCUGGGGCUGCAGAAGACUCUUCGUCAAACGAGUGUCCCCUUCAGGUUGCAGAUAUGGGGCAUCAUUUUCCCAAACGGCGUAUACGCGAAUCUUACUCUCAGCCUUGCGAGUACUUUUGACUCAUCAUUCUUCCGAAUCUGGGGAACAACAUAUGCCGUUGCCACGAUACUCACGUGGUGCUUGGUGGCUUCGCGUACGGUAGCAUUGAUUUACAGCACGCAGAUAUUCGAAGUGCCAUCCGCCAACGAUCUCGAUGCGGAAGAAACUUGGGAUGUGAUAAUGUAGAGGGACAUCUAGAUCUAUACCGAAAUAGUACGCAGAAAGGCGGUGUUUACCACAAAUUUAGACAUGCACUGCACUCUGAUCAACUCGUGUUUGUGGAUAGCACAGAAGCUUGGGGCGGUGGCAAGCCAGAUGGGCAAGUGAGAUAGCAAAUGAAUUCCCUACCACCCACAAUCCGGA